AUGGGUUCCAAAACUAGCCGUCUAGCUGGUGAUAACCCCAACAACAACAACUCCCUGCCACCUGCCACCCAUCAACAUGACCAAUCAACUGACUCUUUCAAUCAGACAAAUUCUGAAACUCACAACUCUACAUCAACUUCCACUCACAAUUCAUCAAUACAAACCACAACCACAACAAAUUCCAUCAUUAUCGAUGAAGAAAUGUAUCAACAAUUAAUUAAUCAUGCUAAUUUAAAUGCUCCGGCACAUCUUUUACCUCCGCAAAGGGUAACUUAUUCGAAAAUUAAGAAUUGUGUGCUUUUUGAAGAUAUUCAUAAUGAUGAGUAUAUUAUGGAACGUUAUUCAAUGUGUUUGUCUGAUCCGAAGAGUAUGUUGGAAACUUACCUAAACUUGGAUAAUACAAUUACGAAACAAUGGGAUGAGAAGGUGAGAAUGUUAGAAAGUGAAAUGAUGAGCAGUGCAGGUGAAGAUGAACAUAUUCAUGAAAAUGAAGAAAAAACUGAAAAUGUUUCUUCUUCUGAAAAUACACUUUCGAAUAAUUCUUCUUCCUUGAAUGCUACUUUAAAUCAUACGGUCAAAAAGAAGAAUGCAAAGAAUAUGCAUCUAUUCUCUCCACAAUUCUAUGAAAUUAUUGCAAGUGCUAAAGCUACAACAGAAAAAACAUUGAACGAAAGUGACUCAGGAAAUGAAGAAAAUUUAUUGGAAAGUGAAAAGAAAGAACUUGAUGAAAUACUUUCGUUUGAUGUUGGACUUUCUCAGAUGGAUUUUGAGAAUAGUUCUUCGAAUAUGAUUCAAGAAAAUGUAGCCAAAGUAUUUGAAGGUCUUUCGAAUAAUAUUACUUCACAAAGUGAAACAGUAGACGAUUCCUCAAAUCAAACUAAUAAGAAGGAAGUCAAGUGGUCAGAUGAAAUUCUAGACCUCGCCAAUAGUAACAAUAACACUCCAAUCAAGAAACCAACAAGUAAUUCAGUUUCUAAUACUCCAAACUUACAUUCUAAUCAUACUCCAAUUACAGCUCUCACCACUAGUAUUGUAAUGGAUCAGGUAUUAAUGACACCACCUCAAUUCAUCAAUAAUUCAUCAAAUACUCCUUCAAACAUUCAACAAUCAACUCCAGGAAGUAAUUUAACAAGAAGUAGUGCAGCAGCUGAUAUUCCAAGAGAUUUGACAUUGAGUCAUCAUGGAAUUGAGAGCAAUUCUGCAAAUAUUGGAGCUUCCAUGACAAGUGCUGGACUUUCAGAAUCAUUUGCUGGAACAAGUAAUAAUACUCAGGGAUCAUUUACUGAAAAUUUGUCAGAAGAUAAUUUGAAAGAUUGGUGGCGUUCGAAUCCAACUCUUGAAAAAUCCAUCAAAAUCAAGUUGAUUGUGACAGAUAUGCAUCACCAUAACAAGACGAAACAAACUAUUCGUCAAAUAGUGAGCCCACUCUUGUCACCAGUUAAAAUUCUUCCUGCAUUUGGCAUGUUCCAUACAGCUCUUGUCAUUUCAGAAUUUAAACUUGAAUGGACAGAUAGCUCACUAUGUAUACCACGUAAAUUAAGUUCUCAAUCUAGUUUCUUUUCAGCAGAUAUUGAAGAAAUUACGACAGCUCACGAUUUGGAAGAUAUUGUAAAGAAACUUUCCGAGGUAAUUUGUCGAUGGAAUACCACCAUGAUUUAUAGCGAGAGAAAACGAAAGAAGAAAUCUAAAAAACCUAAGAAAUCUAGCAAAUCAUUGAAAAAUUAUGUGAAUACUGGUAAUUGCCAAGAUUUCAUCUUUGACAUUUUGGAUAGUAUUGGAAAGAGAGAAGUGUUGGAAAAUCUACUCAACAGUGACAGUCCAAUGGGACAAUACAUGCGAGAUAUGCGUAAAUAUGGAAGAUGCCAGAUGGAAAUUAAACUAAACCCUGCCUUUAGAGAAAAGUUUUCCAUUAAGGAAAAGGUCAAGAAAUUCCUAACUCACUCCGAAUUGGAUCUCUUUGUUAAACAAUUGGAAACUAAGGAUCCAGAUUUUAAGCACAAUCAUAAGAAUGAAUGGAUUCUACUCAAAGGAUUUGAUAGAGCAUUUUGGAUUCGACACUUGGCAUUCAAGGAUAAUCCAGACAUGAGACCACUCUAUGAAAAACAGGAAAAUGUUUUUGAAAUGACUGAUCUCGACAUGAGUGAUUCAACUCUUGGAUGUUGUGAAGUAUUGGCAUGUCCAUUUGAUGAUCCACAAAAAACCAUGAGUAUAAUUCUGAAAAACUAA